CCGUUCCUAUUUUGCAAAUAAGAAUUAAAUAACUUUGUCAAUAAAACUAACUAUACCCAAUCUAAUGUUAUAAAAUCAUAAAAGUUUUAUGCUAAAAAAUAUUUGCUUUUGUUUGAUUGUUUAUGGGCCUCUGCGAUGUAUUUUAAAUAGCAAAACAGUGACAGAAUAUCGGUAUCAUUGUAUUGAUACAUACACCGAUCACUUUUUAUUAAAGGGAGAGGGGGCCCAACCGUAAUUCAAUGCUGAUUUACAAUGUAAUAUGGAUAAUCUUUAUAUUUAUUCAGUUAGAAAUAUACUUAAAGCAGGAAUUGCCAAUAGUACUGUUCAUGCAACGAAAUCUGAGUGCAAUUCUGCAACAAGAGCUGAAUAAGACUGGAUACUCAGAGGUUAACUUUUCAACAAGAGCUGGUUAAGACUGGAUUAUCAGAGGUUAACUUUUCAACAAGAGCUGAUUAAGACUGGAUCAUCAGGGGAUAAUUUUGCCACAAGAGCUGAUUAAGACUGGAUCAUCAGAGGAUAAUUUUGCCACAAGAGCUGAUUAAGACUGGAUCAUCAGAGGACAACUCUACAACAAGAGCUGAUUAGGACUGGAUCAACAGGGCAUAACUCUGCAACAAGAGCUGAUUAAGACUGGAUCAACAGGGGUUAACUCUGCAACAAGAGCUGAUUAAGACUGGAUCAUCAGAGAGCAGAGAUAUAACUUUUAGAUGUGUUUGAAAAAAAUGUCCAGUGUUGUCAGUCUGAUUUUCCUUAUCUGUGUUGUUCUUCUUGAUGUUAUUUAUUUCAACAUUACCUUGCCUUCCACCAUGUUUAACAGGAUUCAAGUCUCAAUAGACUUUAUCAAAAAUGAAACUCCCAUGUCCUUGAAAUCAAAUUUCAUCAUGAGAGAGGAAAGUGUUGAAGAUGGGUUUAAGCUGGUAUUAAUCUGGAAUGAAUAUCAGAAGCUUGGAAUGAGUGUUUAUAAAAACAUGUUCCAAAGGAUUACUAAAGGGAACUGUCCUAUAAGCGCCUGCAAGUUUACCACGGAUCGUGAAUUAUUGAAUCAAAGUUCUGCAGUUCUUUUCCACCUUCCAAAUCUGCACUGGGAGAACUAUUCUCUUCCAGAAUACAGGGAUCCUGCUGUUCCAUGGAUUCUACUCACAUAUGAAGGUGUUACGAGCGUGAUUGACCGGAGCACUAACUUCGGUACACUACCAAUGAGUUGGUGGAUUACAAGAAACCUAUUCAACAGAACAAUGUCAUUUAGAAAAGAUUCUGAUAUCACUGUUAGGCAUGGUUAUGUCAGAAAACGAAAGGUUCCAAUAUCCACUGCUGAACUUGAUGAAAUAUACAGUCCAGUUCCAAGUCCAGAUUUUAAACACUACAACUUCAACUUUUAUCAAACGGUGAAAAACCAGUCUGUAUCUCCUAUAGCCUGGUUUGUAUCCCACUGUUCAACCCGCAGUGGAAGAGAGAGGUAUAUAGAAUAUCUGCAGAACUAUAUUGGAGUUGAUAUAUUCGGUAAAUGUGGAAACUAUCAAUGUGGAGGAGUUAAAAACAUGGUAGAGAACUAUACCCUAAAUCAAGAUCCAUGUUUUACAAUGGUGAACUCGAGAUAUAAGUUUUACAUCAGUUUUGAGAACUCAAUCUGUAAAGAUUACAUCACAGAGAAAACAUAUAAUGCUCUUAAACUCAAUACAAUUCCAAUUGUUUUAGGUGGAGUGAAUUAUACGAAAGAGCUUCCUCCAGGAUCGUUUAUAAAUGCUGGAGAGUUUUCUUCUCCAGUAGCUCUAGCUUCUUACCUUUACUCUUUACUCCAGGAUGACGCAGCAUUUAAUAAAUAUUUUGAGUGGAGGAAAUAUUACGAGGUUUUUAGUUUUACAAGUGUUCCAGAUCCAUGUGAACUCUGCUCUAAGUUGAACUCAGGAGAGCUGGCUGAGUAUAAAGUAUAUUCACACUUCUAUGACUGGUUUGUUGUACGUUCUGGGUGCAUCUUUACUAGCAGGUGGUCAGUUUUUCAAACAGCUUGGGAGUUGGCAGGGGCUCGUUCUGAAGUAACAAAAAAUGUAACUGAAGCUGCUGUAAAGGAAUCACAAGCAGUGUGGCUGACUUUAAAGAAAGCUGACCCAUCCAGUUAUUUUUCAAGUGUAAAUAAGACAUCUAGUAGGAAAUGACCUUUAGUACCAAAUAGUUCAUGUUUAUUUGCAGAUGAAGUAAACCCAUUUCCAAUUCAAUUAAUCAUUUAUAGGAAAUAAAUUAGUUAAUCCAA